CAAUCCCUCCUGCACACAGGACAUGUAAGUUAUUUUGCCAGUUGCCUUGUCAAAUUGACUAUCUCUUUGUGUUCACCAUAUUUUCAGUAACUAUGGGCAGUUUAACAUUUAUGUUCGCGUGCUCUGCUAAGACCUUGAAGAUGAUCAAAAAUAACUCACAUGCAAUUUAUUUCAAGAGGACUCUCUUAUUGCCACGACUGCCUCUCUUCAAACAAUCAGAAGGCAAGUGUAUCAACUUAGGUCGACUGUCAAGCUCCACAGCUGCCAGGGCAGCGAAGGGAGAGGACUCCUUCCUCAAAUGGCUCCUGCUUCUGAUUCCUGUCACCACAUUUGGUCUUGGGACAUGGCAGGUGAAACGUCGGGAAUGGAAAAUUAAGUUGAUUGCAGAACUGAGAAGUCUUACCUCCGUGGAACCCAUUCCUCUUCCUAUUGAUCCUCUGGAGUUGAACAAUCUGGAGUACAGGAGAGUAAAGGUGCGUGGGCACUAUGACCACUCCCAGGAGAUGUACAUCUUACCACGCUCGCCUGUCGACCCAGAGAAAGAGGCAAGGGAGGCAGGCCAGCUGUCAUCCAGUGGAGAUACUGGAGCCAAUGUCGUUACCCCGUUCUACUGCAGUGACCUAGGGAUCACGAUCCUUGUAAACAGAGGAUAUGUUCCUAGGAAGAAGAUCAAACCAGAAACCAGGAUGAAGGGACAGGUGGAUGACGAGGUUGACCUGGUAGGUGUGGUGAGGCUGACAGAGAUCCGCAAACCCUUUGUGCCACAAAACAACGUGGAGCACAACCGCUGGCACUACCGCGACCUGGAGACGAUGGCUAGAGUCACAGGGGCCGAGCAGAUCUUCAUUGAUGCUGACCUGGCCAGCACAAUUCCGGGUGGACCUAUAGGAGGACAGACCCGAGUCACCCUCAGGAAUGAACAUAUGCAGUACAUUAUGACGUGGUAUGGCCUCUGUGCAGCAACCUCUUACAUGUGGUAUGCCAAGUUCAUCAAAAGGAUUGUGUGAUACAGCCUGCAAUGGCUUGAGUAGUGUAAAUUAAUACAAUGUUUUUGUCAUGAAUAUAUAUAUAUAGCCAGAUCAUGGCAGUAUAGAAGCUGCUGUAGGUACUUAGUCUUGGUUUUAGUUAAAAUGUACACUUAAACAAAUGCAACAUGUAAAGUUGUUGGUUUCAUGAGCUGAAAUAAAAGAUCCCAUACAUUU